AGCUGCAAGAUUGGCUUUUGUCCCAAACCAUUUGUAGCUAUGGACUUGCCAGAUAAAAGCCAGUGGGAUGAAACUACCUGUGACCUGGCUGUUUGUCAGCAUCCACAAUGCUGGGCAACUCUCCGCCAAAUUGAGAGGGGCCACCCUCGAAUUCUGGACUCCUCCCGCAAAUCUCCUCUGGAUGCUGAAGACAGGCUCCCAGUGCUCACCAUUGUAAACAUCGCAGAUUCCUGCUUCCAGGCCAAGAGACUUGCUUGUGGUCAUUCAUCAGGAUUUACCUUCCCCAAGGCUCACUCUUUAUUGUCGCAACGUUCAAAGUUUUACUCCAAAUUUCAACGCAGGUCUUGGAAGGAGUUACCUGACAGAGACUUAAUACACCGUACUAACAGGUCUCCCAAACUAUCAGUGCUAAAUUUGAAUGAGACACAACUUCCUUGUCCUCAAGAUGUAGGAAAUAUGGAUGUAAUCUGGAUCCCAGAGAAGCAUAUGAGUCCAGAUGAGAAGAAGCGUAUUAUUCGCAGCCAGGAUGGGGAGAUGAAAAGAAAGAAAUCUACAGGGAAACACAAGUCAUCUCGGGACGCAGAAGCACAGUUGGGACUUCCAGGGAUGAUUGUGCCUCCUCCCUCCCCAGUACACUUGUUUGAAGAACUAAGUUCAGAAUGCGUACCUUUAUGGAACCAGUAUGACAUGUUACCUCAGGAUCUACUGAAGGACCUCUUGCUGGAUAAAGGGAAAACCAUACCUUAUCUGGAGAUGCAGACACAGUUGGCCAUGAUGAAAAAGAAACCUCCCCUGGUAAAGAGCCGACCUGACAGUGCCAUUUCUGCUAAGAUGUAUUUAUCUGUACACUGCCUCACCCUGCAAAGACCAGCAUUGAGAUAUCCUGAGCAUUUGAAGAAACUAUAUUACAACCUGACAACAGAAGGUUACAGGAAGCAGCAGUGGCAGCAGCAGAGGAAGCUGAAGACAGCUACUGGGAAACAGGAGGCUAAAAAGAAAUCCAAGAGUGAACCAGGGAGCCACAACACCUCGCAUAAACGUUCAGGUCACCGAACUCUACCAGGUUGGGAAAGUGACAAAAAACAGCAGCAGCAGAUGAAGCUAGAAGGCCCCACUUUGAAACAGGAUUCCACAGAGAGACCACAGAUGGACUGCACUAAGAAAAACCUGGAUUCCUUCCCCGGUAGGAAGAGUCCUGAAUUAUCCACAAUAGAAUGCGCUAACAAGGACAUCAGGACUCAGAUGGAGAUUUUGCUGGAAGCCCAAGAGAGGACCCCAAACAGUACUUCUAGAACAGGCUGGAACCCUGAGCUCAAACUGCUGAGGAUUCUUCAGGACACUGAUGAAGAGGAUGAGGAGAACCAACCCUCUGGGGCACGGAGUGAAGAGUCUCUGGAGGCAUAG